UCCAUGGGCUGUUAGUUGUGUCCUCGGAGGCAAUGAAUGAUAUUUUUAGAUGUACCGUAACGCCAGCUGAACCAUGCUCUUAUUUAUCCACAUGAACAAACAUUUAAACAUUCUGCUGCCAGCCUCAGAUCCAUGAUUUAAGGUAACGUAGGAGAGUUUUUUUUUUACCCCAGUCAGAAAUAUUUAUUCUUAUCCUGCUCUGCCACGAGCAGCAGCUUGUUUAAGGUGGAAUACACACAGGAGGAUGUGAACGAGGAAGAACUCCGAAUCUUCCAGGCUGGAGACGAGUUCGGUUCGGCUCUAGGAGCUAGCAGCAGUGUCACGUCAUGGCCCUGCUGGCUGCUGGAGCCAGAGGGGUCCUUCUCAACCUGAGGCUCACUCUGCAGAAACCUGGCUCCUUUUCCAGGUUCAGGCUCGUUCGGAUCCCUUUUAUUAAACCAGGUCGGAUUUUAGCCCACCUUCCCAGAGUGACCCUGCUGUGUUUGGGAGCAUCAUCAUCAUUUUCAGCCAGGUGUCAGGAAGCCACCCCGCAGACUGCUGGCAGGAAGUCUCUGGCCAAAGUCCAAGUCCACAGUGUCAUCUUUUUUCUCCGUCUCAGCCUCCGUGCUUUAGUUCUGCUCCUCAAAUUUGGUCCCCUUCUUCUCCUGUCCCCCUUGACUUUGGUGUCGACCCGCUUUGCAUCCUUCUGGCUGGACGCUCUGCUGUGGGUGACUGAGACCUCUGGUCCUACGUUCAUUAAACUGGGCCAGUGGGCCAGCACCAGGCGGGACAUCUUCUCUCAGCAGUUCUGUGAACGCUUCUCCAGGCUCCACGUGAAGGUGCGCCCCCACUCCUGGGCUCACACCAAGCAGUGUCUCCGGAGGGCCUUUGGAGAGGGCUGGAGGAGGGUGUUGGUGUUCGAGAGCAAAGAGCCCGUGGGCUCGGGAUGUGUUGCUCAGGUGUACCGAGGCUGGGCCAGGGUAGACCAGGUGGAGGACCCAGCCUUUCAGUCCCUGGCAGAAGAGCUGGAAAAAGAAGACCUGCUAGAAGCCUGGGAGAUCCCUGGUCUUGGAGGCGUGGCAGGCACACUGCAGCGGCUCUGGAUCGGGAAGAGGGAGGAGCAGGGCUAUGAGGAGAGAAGUCCUCCUGAUGGGCAGCAGGAGGAGCGCCUGAUACCUGUAGCUAUCAAGGUGGUCCAUCCUGGUGUGAGGAGGCAGGUGGAGAUAGACCUGCUGCUUAUGAAAACAGGCAGCUGGCUGCUGCACUGCCUGCCUGGACUCAAAUGGCUGAGUUUGUGUGAGGUGGUGGAGGAGUUUGAGAAGCUAAUGACCAAACAAAUUGAUCUCCGUUUCGAGGCUAGGAACAUCGAGCGUUUCCGAGAGAAUUUCAGCGAUGUCGAGCACGUCAGGUUUCCCACUCCGCUACAACCGUUCGUCACCAGAAACAUUUUAGUGGAAACCUUUGAAGAGAGUGAGCCCAUUUCUACCUACUUGGAUUCCGAUAUUCCGAAGGAAGUGAAGCAGAAAAUAGCCAGAAUGGGUGUGGACACCCUGCUGAAAAUGGUUUUUGUAGAUAACUUUGUUCAUGGGGACCUCCAUCCGGGCAACAUUCUUGUCCAGUGUCAGAGACCUCCGUCUGGCUCCACGGACUCUACUGGCCUGUCAGUAGACCAGCACGGGAAGACCACACUCACCGACCUGUGGGACACGGUCGUGGUCAGCGUCAGACCGGACCCGUGUCCUCUCCAGCUGGUCCUGCUGGAUGCCGGCAUCGUGGCUCAGCUCAGCGAGCAAGACCUCACCAACUUCAAGGCCGUCUUCACGGCUGUGGUGCUUCAUCAGGGUGAGAAGGUAGCAGAGCUGAUUCUGCAUCAUGCUAGAGCUAACGAGUGCAACGACGUUCCGCUUUUCAAGAAGGAGAUGGCCGAUCUGGUGGAUCAUGCCAUGAGCAAUGCCCUAUCUCUGGAAAAGAUCCAAGUAUCCGACCUCCUCUCUAAGGUCUUUGGUUUACUCAUUAAGCACAAGGUGAAGCUGGAGAGUAACUUUGCCUCCAUUGUGUUUGCCAUCAUGGUGCUGGAGGGUUUGGGUCGGUCCCUUGAUCCCAGCCUGGACAUCCUGGAUUUGGCCAAACCCCUGCUGCUGAAGAACUGUUCCUCACUGCUCUGAUGCUCACGUCACCAGUCAGCAGAAGCACGUCUGACCAGUGGAUUCAUGGGUGCUGCCUGCAGGUCCUCUCAGUGAUGAUGGGCUGUUUUGAGAUUGCAAUGCAAUGUUCUACUGUAGAUCUCAAGAUCAUAGUCUCCUCAUUACAUUUCCACAGUACUGAUACCUCAUUGUUUUUAUGUAUAUUUACAUAUCAUCUCAGUAAGAAAACGAUUGACUUGGUGAAACCACAAACCCCUUACAUACAAGCAGAAUCAGAGAUAAGAACUGUUUAGUAUGACUAGAAAAAUGUUUCAAUCUAACAGAUAUUUAGUUAUUUUAGUGUCUGAUAUCAUCCUCUUUAUUUGUUUGUUUGUUUUUACUAGUGUGAAUAACGUCAACUGUUGUGUUAAAAUUCAUGGUUUACAGUUUUAAUUUAGUUCAGUUAGAAGGACACGACUUUAAUCCUUCAUGAAUAAAGUCAAAUCAAUGCUCUGA